CAGUGUAGCUAAAACGAACAAGCCCUUUGUAUGAUACACAAGCGAUGCCCUGAUCAGGAUAGAAUUUCCCUAGAGACUAGAGACGCCGCAGUGUUUUCAAUUCAGUGAAUCGCUGCAAUUACUACGGAAUGUGGUAGCCCGGCUGGUUGGAGCCGGACGGAGGGGGUGGGAAUAAUAAAACGUUAGGCGUGUCGGCGUCUGUUUUUUACGCGUACAACGUUAUUUUACCGAUCACGGUGCCGAUCUCGCUUCUCGCAUACAUCGGUACCCACUUUCCCGGUGGAUCGGCUCCGAUCGGAGCGGAAUGUCAAGGGUGCACGUGGUGAUUGCAACGCCGCGACGUUCCAGGGAUGCUUGGAUCGUCGCAUCCGCGACGAUAGCAUAGCAUAACACGACGAGACAGUGGAUAUCACUGAGGCGACAGAUCGCGUCGUGUUGCAUAUACAUGUUCUCGUCGUUCGUCCGCGUGCGACAGUGGGUAUGCUCUUAUGGGGUAGCGAGCGGGCGGUAGCCUUUGCCGUGGAAUGGAGACGGAGAGCGUAAAGUCUGGGGCUAGCGAGCAUAGCCAUAGCCACCACAGUAGGAGCUCCCAGAAGCAUCAUCGGUCCCACAGCUCGAAGCAGCACCACCGACAACAUUCUCAUCGUACUGCCAGGAGCAAUCGAAAUCAAAGGAAAGAAAGGCCAAAUUUGGACAUUAACGAAAUGGCUCCAUUUCAAACAACUGUGAAUGUGCGGAGAGACAGUGUAGAUAAUUUAGGCCAAGAAGUGAUUGAGGUGCAGAUACUGCCGCAGGAUGAGAAUUGGGGAGAAAAUACCACUGCCGUCACUGGCAAUACCUCUGACAGAUCAGAAUCGACUGAAGAUGUAAGCCAUUGGCCAAACGAGACCGAAGGCACAUUUGGCUAUGGCUGCAAUCGCUAUGUUGCUUCAAUUGUGGCCAUAAUACUUGGAACAAGCGCCUUUCUUAGUCCUAUAGCCAUGGUUAUCUUGCCUAAACUGGGAUUCUUUCCCGACUCAAUAACAGUAUUGACGAUGCAGCAGAAGCUACAGCUAUUGUCAUGCAACGCCGAAUGCAAAGGCCAACUGCUGGGAUUAGCCUUCAAACUGGUGCUACUGGGCAUCGGCAGCUGGGGAGUAUUCCUGCGUCCUCGAACAGCUACCAUGCCACGUAUAUUUUUAUUCAGGGCAGGGGUGCUGCUGCUUACCACACUGUGCAUUUGUACUUAUUGGCUUUUUUACGUUGUACAGGUCACUGAGAGUGCUAAGACUGCUGCCAAUGGCGAAAUAACAGAGUACAAAAGUUUAGUAAAUUACGCGGGUACCCUUGCAGAUACGCUGCUGUUUAUACAUUAUGUCGCUGUGCUCCUUAUUGAAGUUCGUCAUUUACAGCCUACAUUCUACAUUAAGGUCGUUAGAUCACCAGACGGUGAAUCCAGGUCUUACGCAAUCGGUCAAUUAUCAAUACAGAGAGCAGCUGUGUGGGUUUUAGAGAGGUACUAUACGGAGUUUCCGAUCUAUAACCCAUAUUUGGAAAGAUUACCGGUUUCUAAAUCAGGUAGGAAACAGUCGAGCUUUAAGUUCUACGAGGUCGACGGUGGAGUGACCAGUGCCGUGCAAUCACGCGGCGGUAGCGGCGACCGGGCGGUUCUGGCGGCGCAAGCGCGUCGUCGCGACUCCAGCCACAACGAGCGCUUCUACGAGGAGCACGAUUACGAGCGACGUGUGCGGAAACGCCGCGCCAGACUAAUCACUGCCGCCGAAGAGGCAUUCGCGCACAUCAAACGCUUGCAUUCCGAGGUGGAGUCCACGCCGAAUCCGGGACCGAUGGAUCCCAUGGAAGCCGCGCAAGCGGUGUUCCCCUCUAUGGCGAGAGCAUUGCAGAAAUACUUGAGAAUCACCCGGCAACAACCGCGCCACUCCGUAGAAUCCAUUCUGAAUCGUCUGGCUCGGUGUCUGGCUCAGGACGCGGCGCCGCGCGCAUUCUUGGAACCGUUUUUCACCACAAGCCCGGUGCUGUCGAAUGAGAAGGAAAGACAGAAGCGAUCGCAUCAUUGGGCCUUGGUGUGCGAGGGCGAGUUACCCUCACGUCCGAUCGCUAACGGUUGUGAGUUUCAAUUGAGACAGGGUGAGGUGGCACUUCUGUGUACAGCGUACAGGUUACCUCACUUUAAUCUCACCGAACAAUUAGCGCAUCCUAAAUCGAACAAGUUUCUUUUGCGAUUAAAUUCGGAAACCUCUGUCUAAAAUUUUGAAUGCAGGUACACUUUCACAAAAUUUUUAUGAAAUUGGCUGAUAGAGGUUUUUGAAACUUCACUCAACAUUUCUCCCGUUCACUGAGACAUGGAUUGUUGUAAAAUAGCAUAACAAUAACUUGAACUUUCCAACGUGAUAGACUGAAAGAAGCGUAAUGCUUGGAGAAGUAAUUUGACAUUAACUAACGUUCAUGACAUUGUUUUCUUUUUUUAGAAAGAGAACUGCAAAGAUAUUAAUAAUUAAUCUAUAUUCCCGAACGUGCAUUCAAGUAAUUAUUGCGAAGAAAUAAUUAGUUCGUACUGUAAUACGAAAUACUCAGUUUUUUUAUCUUUAAGACAUGCGUACGUAUUUAUUUAUUCCAUUAUAUUACAUAUCAUGAACACAGAAUAUACAGUGUCCCAGACUUACCGUAUCACUCGUUAAUAGCUGAUUCCUGAGAUCAUUUGGAGACGAAAAUCCUAAUUCCAAAAUGUUGAGGCUGCAAUAGUUUUUAAAUAGGGUUUAAAGUUUCUAUCAACUUGUGUCAAAACUUUGCGCACUCAGGGACAUCAUAUGUUGAAAGUGCCCUUAGAUAUUACUUUUAUUAUUCGAUAUUAAUAUAAUUUAAUGAUUUUAUAAACUUAUCUUCUUCAUUACACGGUUAAUAAUUCCGACAAAUAUUGUUAUAACAAUAGCUUAAAAAUGGUUUAGAAUAUUGAGACGUUAGAACGCAAUGCGCAUCGAAAAUGUCAAAACUCUCUCACGUGAAGCAUGUCAUAAAUAAAUAACGUUUCUCAUAUGAUAAAAAUAUAAAAAUCAAUAUUCGUGCCUGAGUGCGCAAAGUUUUGACGCAAGUUGAUUGAAAAACUUUAAACCCUUCCCAUUUAAAGACUAUUGUAGCCUCAACAUUUUGGUGUUAGGAUUUUCGUCUUUAAAUGACUUCAGGAAUCUAUCAUCAUAAUAUGUGAUAUGGUAAAUCUUUAUAUAACCUGUAUACACAGUAUAUACACAUGUCUGAAGAAUAACGAGAUUAAUUUUUUUUUUAAUUUUUUACGUAAACGCUGUCUAUUGACAAUUAGUGACGUUUUGAAGCUCCAUGUUUGUUCUAACAGAUAUCGAUGAGCUGAAACAUAGAUCAUGAAAUAUAGCAAUCAAAGUGGCAAUUCCUUAGUACACCUCGUCUCGAAAUGUGUACAAUAAAACAACGCUAAUAUAAAAUUCUGUUUUAAAAUCUCGGUAAAAACGCGAUGAAAACCUAUGAGAUGUUGAAAUAAAGGAAGAUGGGUAAAAUGGGCGAUUUUGAUCCCCGGAGCGGCAAAUAAAAACGGUAUGUUUUUUUGUAGAGCUGCUGAAUCUGAUUCUGACCUUUAAAAAUUUUUAAUUUGUCGGGAAAGUAUUAAGAUCAGCAUAUAUGAAGCUAAAAUAUCUAUACUCUGUUCAGCGAUAGAAUAUCCACGGUCUGUACAUAGGAGAAGCAUGGCGAGCAAAGUGGGGAGAGCGUUGGCAUUGGCAAGCUGUACGAGCAGUACAGUUUUGUGGAGUGGGGAGUUUUCUAAGCGUUCCGUGAGGGAAAACUUACACCGAACGGACGAGUUUUCGUCCGAUCCGUGGGUGUUCUCUCGCUGGACAGUGUAUAGUACCGUAAAUUAUUAUUGUUGAGCUUUACGAACGUAUUGUGAAUUUGUGAUUUUCUACUAGUAAAACAUGAUAAUACUCUCAUCUCGAAUAGUUCAUGUUCUGCUUGAUAAAAAAAGUAAAAAUUAUUAAUAUCUAAAAGAGGCAUUAUCGAUGGAAAUCAUUUUAAAUCUUGACUACAGCACCUGAGAGCAUUGUUGUUUAUUACUCCUUUUAAGGACUUUCUCUUUUUUACACAUAUUCUUCUGUGUUCUGUUCAUUAAAAAUAUUUUACUAUUGUAUUUUUACUACAAUAGUUAUAGUAUUUUGCCAUUGGAAAUUGUAUGAUUCAUGCAAAACAUAUUUUAAGCAUCAAGAUUUGCUUUGGCCAAAUAAGACCUUCAUUUAUUAAUUUGUAUCGUUAAUAUAUCUGUCGAUUUUUACUUAAUAUUGUUUAUUUCACUAUAAUUUUACAGUUUCAUCAACAUACCAUUCUCACAAUAGCUUCUUAUAUGUUUAAUAGCUUUAUAUGCUGAUCUUAAUACUUUUCCGACAAAUUAAAAAUUUUUAAAGAAUCAGAAUCAGAUUCAGCAGCUCAAAAACUACAAGAAAACAUACCGUUUUUACUUGUCGCUUGGGGAGCCAAAAUUGGCCCAUUUUCCUUUACAGAAACGAUUGUUUCUAUCUCAUACACGAAUUUUUAAGAGUGAUUGUCAACAUUUAAAGACGCAAGGAAAAUCUGUGUGAUGAACAAUUGGGCGAACAUGAUUUUGAUGGAAGAUCUCGUGGAAAGGAUUAAACAUUAGCAGUCGAAUGCUGAUAUUCAGUCAAAAGUGGCAAAAUUUACGAUUCACAAUAUUUUACGUAACGAUUUGAACAAGUGGAAGAUCUGUUUUUGCUUUGUGUCGCAUUUGCUAACAGAGGACUGCGGUCAUACAUAAAUUUGUGACCAAAAAACAAAUAGUAGUGAUUGACAUCUGUACUUGAUUUAAUUUCCUGUGAUUACUUUCUAUUUCAAGAACUAAAUUUCGAAAACACAAGAUCAGUAUUUGAACUUAUAUAGUGUCAAUCCCGUUAUUUUUUAAACAUACUGUAACAAAUAUAUAUGUACCUACUUUGAAAAUAUUAGAGAUAUGCAAAAGUUUCUGUCGUUUGUGUAGAUACUUCUAUAGAUAACGUUAUGAGCUAUUUAAGUUAAAGUAGCGGCAUAUUUUUGUUUUGUUAUUUAAAUGUUAGUCAACCUGCAUAAAAAAUUAUGCCUAACAAGUCAUAUCUAUUGACAUAAUCAUAUUUUUUAUUCGAAAAUGGAAAUCAAUAAAACGCAUAUUUUUUAUUGUAUGCUUUUCUUAUUUAAACAGCACAAAUCAGCUGCUAAAACGACCAAAAUAAUUUGUGAAACGUAUAGUGAAGGGAUAAUAGCCGAAAAUUCGUGUCGCGAGUGAUUUCGACGUUUCAAAAGUGAUUUCGAUUUGAAAGACAAGGAGCGUUCUUCGGAGACAAGAUUCGGCUCAAUUGUAAAUGCGAUUCCUUAAAAAUGAUGGAAACUUUUACAUAUCUCUAAAUUUUUUGUGUGCACGCAUACACACACACACACACACACACACACACACACACACACACACACACACACACACACACACACGCACACACUCGUUUGAAAGAAAAUGUAGGUAGGUUAAAGAGCGCACGAGCAAUGGAAUAUUCAUACUGAUUGUGAGAUAUUUACAUUAAUUAAUAUGCAUUCCCGAAUUUAUGAAUUAUAUUUUUAGUACCUUACAUAUGCUUUAAAACUUAUACGUAUGUGUUCAUAUGCAUAUGCGCACAUAUAGCAGCACAAAACACACGCGAUUUAUAUCUUGCAUUUCACUAUUAAAAAGAAGAUAUGAAACUUGCAUCUUGUUAUCCUGCGCCUUGCAUUGUGACGGUACGCACAGCUAAUACUCGAAUUAUAGUUUUAAUUUUCCUAUGUUAACGUUUUUAUAUCAUUUUUACUUUGAUACAGUAUUUAUAUUAAGUAUACACGAAUGGUAAACUAUAAUUGCUAGAUGAUAGGAACUUCCGAUACAAUCCUCUGUUGAAUUUAUUUUUCUCAAUUUUUUUUCCUAUUAUUAAAUUACUAUUCUAUAUAUUGCGUUGUGAUUAGGUAAGAAUUAUACUCUCUUGAUAAUUUAUAUGUACGCGCAUAAUGUGUGCGCUUAAAUUAAAUAUUUUUUUCGUUUACUCUUAAAUGCUUGCUACUGAAUAAUAUAAAAGAAAAUAUUUCGAAGAAAAUUGGAAAAUAAUUUAUUAUACUAGAGCUAGUCAGAUUUUCUUUAUUCGACAUUUUAUACAGUCUUCCUCUAUAAUUUUUAGUCAUUAUGGGAAUUGCUUGACACAAACAUUUACGAGUAAACCAUCAGAAUAAUUUUAAAUAUGUGACAUGAUUAAUUAUAUACGUGCAUUAUAUACAUAAUAUUAUAAGUUAAUAAUUAAAUCAUUAAUUACAUAUCUUAGCGCAUAUGUGAUUUAAGCGCAUAUUCCAUAUUAUUUGAUCGCGAGAUGAAUACAAAUUUGCGCGUUCUCUGGUAUAUGUAUAUAGUGAACAGAAAUUCUAUAUGAUUAAAUUACAUGUACAUAUUCGUACAAAUCUCUUAUUCGAUAAAUUAAAGAACGAUAGUUUGAAUUAUAAGCCUAAUGGGCCAGAAGAAGCGUGAUUUUUAUAUCGAAUUAAAUUAUUGCAUUUUUUUGUCGCAUUUUAAAAUAAAGUCUCGGUCGUCGUAAUGAAAUUGACAAAUGUAAAAGCGUAAGUUUUCUAAGACGACAUAAAUUUUCAAAGAAAGUAUGCAAUGUGCACAUGCCUUGACUACUUUUUUCACUGAUAUCAUAUGCUUCGCUACGUUUGUGAAUCGUAUAAUCUGUUAAGAUAAAAAUGCUUGGAAAAUACUCGAAACUUUUUUAAUCUGCGUUAGUUUGAGGAAUCUUGAUUUAAGAAAUAUCGGAAUAAGAUUGAAGAUACCGAAAAUAAUUUCUUUAUAACUUGAUAUUAUUAUGAGUAUGCAUUUUUUUACGAAUAGCGCUUGCUAUGGAUGUUUUUCUUUUUUUUUU